AUGGCCGCCCCAUCUGGUGAUGAUGCUGAUUUGACUCCGGAGCCCGACCUUUACAAAGCUCCUGAGAAGAAAACGAUUGAAGAACUCGUUAAAUUAGACGCUGACGACGAAGCCUUAAAACGGUACAAGGAAAACUUACUGGGUUCAGUGACUCAAAGCACUCCUUGUAUGUUUCAGUUGUUGAUUAUUCGUCUUUUUCAGUUCCUAACGACGAUCGCCACCUGAUUGUCAAAAAGCUUGAAGUUCUCAUAAAAGAUGGUCCAACCAUCUCGCUGGAUCUAGACGGUGAGUAUACGAACGCUUUUGAUUACUAUUUUUUGCACUUCGUCUCGUGUCCCGAUUCAGGAGGUCCGUGUCAAAUUGUUGCGUUUUGUGUUUCAGGCCGUAUACCAAGCGCAUAAUACCCAUUUCCAUGGGAACUUUGAGUAGUUUGGCGACUUGGCACCAUUUCAAUGCGUAAACACAGAUUGGGGAUCGCCAUUAAGGCGCACUGGUUAAGAUCCACGCUGUUCUGCAGUUAUGGCUAGGAUAUAAGGGGUCACAUCAUUCGAUGGUUAAAUUUUUAAUUCCCUUCUCUUACAACAAAUGGCUGACUGCAUAUUUAUGCGUUUGUAGUCGCAUUCACGUUCCCAGUGGUCGUUCUUAUUUAUUUCUCGGUUGCAUACUGUGAGUGAAGGGUUCGUUUCCGAAUUCGUUCAGACAUUCUGUCGUGUUAGGUCAAUAAAGGAUACGUAACUUGUCUACUUAAGUGUUCUUUAAAAUUUGUCAGCUAUGUACACAAAACUUAAAUGAGGCUAACUUUGCCAAGCAUGGAAUCGACCGACGUAAAAUUACUUCCCGACUGUCCGUUAGCUGCCUCCUGCCACUCCGUAAUUAGGAGUGGAUGAAAGCUGCACACAAUUAACAGAUAAAAACUGCAAGGUCAUGUUAGAAAAAACGGUCUAAGCAGUAGUAACGUGCGUUGCUUAGUGCAGAAAAGCGUAGCUUGCGUUAUUUAAAUUGCCCGAGGAAACAGUAACAGCCUGUGUUGGCAGUGAUCAUGCCUGAUCUAGUCGGCCGCGCUGAUGUCGAUGCCUCUCCUGGCCUAGCCGUAUGCGUCAGCGGAUCGAGAGAGCUUAGCAUAUUUUACUUCUCCGGCGACGGAUACCGAAUAUUUGCAUGUCCUAGAACCAAGUCUUGGCGAGCUGUGUUGAGCCAUGUUUAAGUUUGGUCCCCUCUCCGACGCUUCCAGGUGAGCAACGGCGUCGGACUGAAAACAACAGCAGUGAGAUUAUGAGACGGACGACAAAGAACCGGCCUAUACCAUCGCAGUCGUUUUCCUCAGGUGACCUGACAUAUGUUCGCCAUGUUGUCGCAACGAGUUCGGAGGGCCAGUCGGUGUAUUUCACCCAGAGGAUGAUCCUCAGAGGGCAGUGGCCAACUAAUUCCAGUUUUUUCUCAUCACCGCACACAGUCCACCGUUUACAAUCGUAGUGGAGGACUGACCGGACGGAUGUACGGUACGCGCGGACCUUCCUGACGAUAGAGGUGUCGCGUCGAGUCCAUGGACACUUUCUAAGGCUUGUGCAAACCCUGCGGGUAGCAUCGAUUCAGGACAUAAUGUCGUCCUUGCUCUGUCUCAUCCCGAGGAAUUUGAGGCUGCCUACUUCAAGUUGGCUACCGUCAUUUCCAGGGUUGCGUUCACCUGGUCAGGGAUGCAGCCGGGAAACGCUUUUAUCUUUCUAGCUUUUAUGAAUUAACCGAUGGAUUUAGCAACUCCAUUCAGUCAUGCCGCCUCGGACUGUAGAUCACCAGAGCUGUAGGCCAACGGGUGAUACCAUCGGAAACCACAGAAAAUUAACUUGAGAUGUUCCCAUAGGUUCCAGAGGUAGGAUCUGAUCCUUCACACGAGGCUGCCUCUUUACAGCUUAGUUCGACCUGCCAGCGCACACAGCCGAAUCCAAGUGGACGAAAAGUUCGUUGUCCACAAGUUUUGAUAACGAAAAAGGCAAGGGGUUACCGUUAAAGGAGGUUAGUUCUAGGAGACAGCUCCAUAGAUUGCAGUCGACGGUCAAUAGCCUUUUUGUUCGAGUAAUCGCGCAUUUUCCUCCAAUUUAAACAUGUGACCAAGUGACCUAACUGCCAACGGGCUUUAUGUGCGCAGUGCAUUCAGAAGUGCUUGUAAAUUCUUAAUCACUUUUCGGGCUAGCCUGCGCAGGCGUCACGUCCAUGGCUGCUUUAGUGAUGUUGCCUUCGGGCUUUAUUGUAAAUCCACGUCAUAGUCAUACGAGAAGCAUUUGUCCUUGGAACAAUUGUGCUUCAAUAAAGUCUUAAAGAACUGUACGUACUAUUUAAGUUUUAUCAUCAUUUAAUGCUUUUUUCAAUAAACCUGUUUAAGUAUGUUUGUUCCACAAGACUUCUUUAAAUUCAUUUCGACGUCCAAAAUGUUUCACAGCACUCUUUAGUUGGUUACCUCCAAAACACCAUAAGCGCAGCGUACUGUCGACGUCUGCGGUGUUAAAUAUAUCACUGAGGUUUCUCCACUCAGUUGAUAAUACUCCUUUCCCAGAGUUUGUCGUUGAGCGGCUUUUGCAUAAAAGGGGGGAGAGGGUUGUAUUUGAUCUUGUUUUAGGACCGUUUGUCUAGUUUGCUAUUGAUACUGUGUGUGUAUCUGGCCGUUUUUGACCCCUUCACGUCUACCCUAAGUAAUCGGUCAUAUUUUGCACACUGCAUUAGAUCUGCGCUUCCCGACAUAGUUGAUUGAACUCAAUGACAGCUCCGAUAGUCUUUUCGCAUUUUCUUUUUACUGAAUUCCGACCGCAGUUAACCUCUACUCGCUCUGAAAAGAUUACCCUUUCUGUUUGUCAUGCCCAGUUAUUGAUUUAAAGGUGCUCAUUUAUCCCGUUUCCAGGUGACUUGGAGAAGUUAAGAGAUACUCCCAUUGAAAUACCAGAAGGCUCGUUUUACAAUGUAAGAGUCACUUUUUACGUCCAACGCGAAAUCAUCGCUGGCCUCCGGUAUCUCCAAAGCGCUCACAAGGGACUAGCCAAAAGUAUGUUUCUUUUAACCAAUCGGUUGGAGCCUUGUUACUUAUUAUACUUCACCCUACUUUUGGUGGACAUCUAUGCAUAUUUAUUUUUUGCAGAUCUUUCAGGUUCACCAUAGCCUCAUUUCCUUUUACUCACUGUACCGUCCUUGCCAACAUUUUGUAGCGUAAGCCGGCGCGCUUCAAAGCCCGGCUUUCUGCUGACAGUAAAAGCAGCCAUGAACCGCCUCUUCCAUUUCAUCUUAGUAGCAGUCCUCACGUUUUUGUAUCUUGUUUGAUCUCUAACCUGAUCCGCAUACUUCGCUGUGCUCUGAGACGUCUACCUGCAUACUUCAGUGAACUGAGUCCCAUGGUAGCCAUGAUGUGUACAUCCACGUUUACAAAGUUACAUCAGGGUCUUUGCUUUUCCGCUCAUGAGACUUUGAAGGUGGGCACGUAGUUCACUAGUCUUGUAAUGCACGCCACUGGCUACCUUUUGCAUUCCUGAGAGGCUAUUUUAAACAUUUAGUUUUUGCGAAGGUUAGCACUUUCAGACAGACUGCCAUGGGAAUAAAAACUGGCGAAUGUCUGGCUAGGCACCCGAAGCAGUAAGGUGAUUUUUCUAGGUUGGUCAGCAGGUCCGAUGUCAUGCCAUUUCGAAAUUGAGCACGUCGGAUAACGCCAAGUUGACUGUAAAUCCAAAUACUGGUAAAUGUGACCCUGUUUACAACCCAUCCGUGUUUCAUCACGAACUCAUCAUUUACCGGAAUUUCUAGACGCUUGCGACAUGCAGGUCAUCCAAGUACCCCCUCCCAGGUGACGACCCUGGCAAAGAUUUCUCCCUGAUUUUAGGUUAAAUUUACCGAAACAGUCUAUCCUACUUGUUUCUGGUUGUUAUCCUUUCUAUUUUUAAACCUCCACCAGUACUGUCUAACAGGCGGAGCUAACGACGGAGUGUUUGAACUAUGUAGCCGUGUACAAAGCUGACUAUUUGGUUGUCUUGCGCAUACUUCACCCUUUUAACGCGCCAAGAUGACCUCUUACCCAUGUCACCCUCAGUCACGCGCAUCGAGUGUGUGAAUGUUCGACCACCUUACUUGAAACCCAUCAUUUACGAUGCAAAGCUGAGCUUGCUGAGCUGAAUCAUCUCAAAUGCGCAAAGUCUGCAUUCCACGACGAAGGGAGCGCACUUUUGUCAAGAGGCAACAGUAGGGGCUGCUUUAGCCGCGUUUGGUUUGACAGUGAAAAGGAUUGUGCGUGUGGCAAAGGCACACCAGAACUCUCAUCGAAUGCGAGCUGACCACCAUUAACGGCAAAAAUGUUACCUGCAGUCAAGAGGUGCAUCCCUUUUAGGUUUUUAUGACGAUGUCCUUGUUAGUCAAAGUCUCCUACACUUGUUGUCUAAAAGCUGUUUAAUAUCCCACCUUCCGAAGUUCUGAUUUGGUUUGGUUGCUCAACCCUGAUUGCUUCUUUGCAACUUACAACAUAGUCAUGCCCACUCACUUUUGUCGACGUAGGAAUCGAUACACUAUCAGAACCCAUGAACCUCCGAAGGACUUAUCCAACUAGUUAUAAUGCUUUUCGUAGCUCCUGCGCUUGAUGUCUUUAAGUACCUUCUUUUGCAGCUUCAUUGCAUCCACGCCAUUCAACCUUCCUUAUCAUGACUGUGCCAGACUAUCAGCGUGGUGGGAUAGCUUCUAGGAAGUCGCUCCAUUUCAUCAACUUUGACGUGCUAGUAGACAGACUCAUAUGCAGACGAUCAACACCGGUAGUGCAGUUCGCAGCUGCGUAGCGCACCGGGCACGAAACACCUGUCUGGACAUCUAACUAGUACCCUUGCUGGGGGGUGCGACGAAUCCAUCGACAUUUGUGCACUACAGACUGUCUACUGGCUGACCACGAUUACUCCCUACCAAAGUAUUCGGACCAAAGCUAGGAGAACAUGUUCCGAAGAAUUUGCUCUAAACGCACACCAAUUUCCGAGGAAAUUUUUGAAGUUUAGUAGUACACUUCUGCUUGCGCGCAUUACCAUCGUAGCCAUUAUACAAGAAGGCAGCGGCAUGUGCCACCGGGGAUUUGCCGCCCUCUGUGUGCGCAGGGCAACUCAGAGGCCUCCAAAGGUGUGUCACCGCCAGGGCUCGCACACAAUCUGUUGCGCGCUGCACACUGCCUCAUGCAUACCCUGAAAUGAGGUCGUACUGAGGGGAUGGCUGGUGACGGCGAUUGGUGCACACUCUUGUGCGGUGCACAGGUGUUUGAAUCUGCGUUGAUCGCCACUUCCACUGCUGCUGCUGCUGCUGUCAAGGUGCAGGCUAAUUUGCCUCCUGUGCACGCCUAUCGGUCUAAUGCUAAUCAACUGCGCACACACAAAAAGGCACCAGCUGCGCCUUAGCUUCGCAGUGCCAGCUUCUCAGGGCAUUCACAUACAAAUUUAUAAUAUGCAUUGUCAGAAUGGUAUUGUAGUGUCGUCUGCAUCACAAAACCGUCUGUAGCCAAGUCUAGAUUGUGUGUUUGAGGGCAUCUCUCAUAAUUUCCCCUCCGGAUUUAAGCAGCAGUGUCUCCGAAUUUGUUUUAUUUGUUUAUCAAGGGGACCUACACGAACCAAACUACCUGCUUGUCUACAAGACCCGACUCGCUGCCUGACUUGACACUGGAUAUCCGGUGCGUCCAUUGGUGACGAAUGAUAAGGGGGGGGAAGGGGGGGCUAGCUCUCAAAUAGGUUGUCACAAACCGCAUCGAGAAAGUUUGUGGUCAUGCACAUUAAUCACCCUAUGAAGUAUCGGGAAGUCUAAGAACGCCACAUUUAAAAUGGCGACUACGAACUGCCAGUAACUGGAUGCGCCUGCCACCGCUACCUUGCGGAUAGGUUCCAGGAACCUGAACUACGGACCAAGUAGACGAGUAAUCUUAGGGGCCCUCCGUCCCGAAGUCUCCCGAAUGAUCUCAUAUCGUGUCGGAAAGUGACACUGUAUUUCAUGUUAAUAAAACUAACAGAACAGGCUUGGAAUUACUGGAUCAUUGAGUGCGCAGCUAUCUUUUUUCAAGGUAUAUAGAUACCUGUAAUGCGCGUUCUUCGAAACGGAGAGGGUGUCCUCAAUCUCUCUGAAGUCCGAAUUCCAGAUGUAGGUCCGCGGAAAGCUGAGAUCCCCGGGGAAGUCUGAUUGCUUACUUUGUCGGGCAGUUCUGGCAGAUGCGUGUUUGCUCCACGAGGACUAACAAAAUAAACGGCAAUUGAACCAACGGUUGGCUCUAAAAACUGAUUAACUUGCCGAGAGGAUGCUUUAUCCGGCGCGUCUGUCGUUCCCGCUCACGAUCCUCUACCGACCAUCGGCCAGUACGGUAAAGAUGCCAUCGGCUCGCAGCUCGCCUCAUCGCCACCGUUGACUGGAAUGUUCGACUCGGUCCAGACGAGCCCACCAACAUUCGCUUGAAUGAGCGCUCCAGUCUUGGUGGCUGACGCAACACUAGUGCUGAACACCUGCUGAACAUCGUCGACGCAUAUCGCCUGUUUGUUAUCAACAGUUGCUUUCAUCGUCACUGUAAACCUCUUGCAAACUUAUCAGAGUGAGCGGUGGAUGAGGACUCGGAAGCACCCCGUUAGAGUGCUCUCGAAUAUAUAUCAGAGUCGUUUUUCACUGAAAACACCCUUAGACCGGGUCCAGGGAGUUGCCACUGAAGAAGAUCUGCAGGAAUUCGAAACUGAUUGCGGCAUGUGUACGAUAAUAGAAUCCGCUCGCAAUAACCUCGCACUUUGGUUUUUCGCCCUUUUCGUUAACGCUGUUCGGCGACAAGGGAGAGAUAAACCUGCUUUCAUGUGUACCCUUCUCCUGAAAGAGGAAUUGAUAGUGUCUAAAACCAGACAUUGUCCCGUCAGUGUGCUCUGCCAUCCAUCCAGGCGGGCGGAUGAAAGAGGAAACUUGGGCCCAGGCAAACGCACAUAAAACAACUUUUCUUCAAUUGCAACUUCAAGUUGGAGUACUUCUCUGGCCCUGUGGUUUGCAUACCAACGGGCUAAACCUCCUGCCACUUGCCGUCGUCCAACUUCAGUCACGGUAAACCUAACCUAAAACAGCAGGGCUUCUCAGUCUGUCAUACCGACUGCUGGCAGACAAACGCCAGUAAAGUAUGGGGCUCUGGCUUGCUGAUUUCACUCUAGCGCCGCCCGCCUACACAGUUUUCGGCAUGGUCCUGUCGCGUAUAAAUUCGCACAUGAUAGUAGGGGAAAUGGCAUUGUCAAAAUAUGUCCCUUAGCUUCCGAAUACCCUUACAUCCAUUUGCGCAUGCGCGUAUCCAUGCCUGCGUCUCCAACUAUGUCGGAGACGAGGUUUCCACGAGCGCAGUUCAGACAUAUAUCUCAGUCGAAGCACUGCCUGCCUUCUUUUCAUUCCUUCUGGCAAGCUCUUGGAAUGCCAACGGGCGCUGGCAUAAUUGCGCCUGUGGAAUGUGCGCGUAUGCAAACUUUUGGUGUAUUUAAACGCGGCGAAGCAAUUUAGCGUGCCAAAAGUUGCUUAUACAAGCAUUCCGGGGGAUAAUUACGACGGACAUCACACCUCCUGCUGUCUGCAAAUCGUCCUAAUUAGUGACUGCGCACUUGUGUUGCGGCAAAAUAGGCUGUGGAGUUGGUAUCUGGCUCUCCAAAGCUGGCUAGACUUUCUGGAAGAUGACUAAUUUUAACAUGAAAUCGCCUUAACGUUCGCCGCUACCUGUGCCUGCAGUGGUGUAAGUCUGUCUCAUUCGUUUGCCUGCUGUAGGACGGUCAAGGAAGCUGGAGUAAUUUCGGUUGUAUUGCCUCCCAUGUAUACUCAGGAUGACUCCCCGACGUAUGUUUGCAGUCCCACUGCUAUGCUUCGUUUUAGCAGCCACUUUAUGCGAGUGUUGGUCAAAUGCCUCUCCUGAACUCUGACCCAGUGGUGAUUCCACCACAUGGAUCCACAUUCGGUCAUGUAAAAUACGCCGCUAAGGAGUUCUCCAAGUUGUUUUUUUUUUAAAACGCUGAGGAUGCCCAGAAACACCUGCACGCAGCCGCCGGGCCAUAAUGUGCUUCCAUGGGGUUUGAAACAACGGUUUGCGAAGACGGAGGGAUGCAGAGUGAUUAGACGAAAUGACUGGUGCUGUCAUCAGCUGUAGUACUCCGAUUAGGGCUGUCGGACACCCUGAUUUCCACCGCUUUGCCAGUACGAUCGAACAGUGGAGCGUUGAAACCCCAGCGAGGGGCGGCAAUUGUGUAUGGGCCGCUGUAUGCAUGUGGCCGCAUGGUCAUUUCUACGCGAGUAUCUUUCACCUUUGCCGUGGACCCAGGGCCUGGGGAGACUGUUUGCUCUUUGUCUUUGUGACCAGAAGACUUACUGGUGCUCGUAGCUGUCGAAUAUAACACCUGCAAGAUGAGGAACAUUUUAUUAUUUCAUUUUCUCGCUACUCCCUGCUUUCUUUCGAGAUGGGCAGAAGAAUGGGAUCGAUUCUCCUGAGAAAGCAUUGCAUACCCGUACUGCUAUGUCUCUUCCCGGAGUUGCCGCACAUUUGAAGCUUCAACUGCUUUUUUGAAGUAUGGAAGCGACGUUUAGGCCUCAAUUUCGAUUUGCAAGUGUGAACUGGCGUGAUUAGUACACACGAACCAACGCCACCCCCACACUUUCGCUCUGUCACCGUACGUGUGUAUUUCAUGCACUCGAUGCUAACCACCGCACUGCACCGCGGACGUCAGUUCAGUUGUCACAGUGCUCUCAUACUCGCACGGGAGGCCUCUUAUAACUGGUGCUUAAUUAGCAGCCUGGUAAACCCUGACAGCUAUCAAUGCCGUCGUGUCUGUGUCACCUUUUUCAUCCUCACUUUUGGCAAGAAAAGAUGCCAUGAAACUCGACUUUCUUUUCUCUGCCUGUAGCUUCACCACACUUAGCUAGGUAGGCGUCUAUUAGUGGCCGGGCUACGAGUGACCCACUGCGCGGACCUUUUUUUUGCUGCGCCCCCCUAACUACCGCCUGCCCCCUUCUUUUUGCAGUGAAAGACGAUGUGAUGCUCGGCAGUUACGCGCCCCGCAUGGAACCAAUCGUGUGGGUGUCUGGGGAAGAGGAGGCCCCCUCCGGCAACAUGUGUCGUGGUGUUUACUCAAUGACCAGCAAGUUCAUCGAUGAUGACAAGAACGAACAUGUGAAGUUCAAGUGGGCCAUCAAGGUUGUAAAGAAGCCGUGA